ACGAUUCCUUCCUUGGUCUGCUACUCUAUCGUUGGUGUCGAGGCUUCCUUGCUUCCCUUCUCGUCUCUCUCUCUCCCACUUUCUCUCUCCUCUUUCCCGUCGUCGUAUUAUAGCACCAGAAAACAGAGCAGCAAACAAACCCCAACAAAAACACACACACAAAAAGAAUUUCCCCCAACUUUCUCUCUCCUCCAUAUCUCUCUCAUCAAUUUUAUCUCUGAUUUCCGAAACUUCGAAUAUCUCAUCUUCUUUCCAUUCCCAUCGCUUCACUCUUCCCCCAAUUCUCUCCUUUUUCUCUCUCCUCCAGGGAUGCAAUCUGAGUUGGGUUUGGUAGUAAAUUCAGCUUUUCGAGUUGAAAAACAAUAUGAAGAUGUUGGAUUGUACAGCAUAAGAAUUAGGGUUUUUGGAUUAGCUUGAUUGUGUGAAUUGGAGGAGUUUUAUUUUUCCCCAGUGGGAAAUUGGAAGUUGUUUCCAUUUUUGUCUUGGGUUGAUGGGGAAUAAGCUGGGGAAGAGGCGGCAGGUGGUGGAUGAGAAGUAUACAAGGCCGCAAGGGCUGUAUCAGAUCAAAGAUGUUGAUUAUAAGAAGCUUAGGAAGCUUAUACUCGAAUCGAAGCUUGCUCCAUGCUACCCGGGAGGCGACGAGUGCGAUUGUGGUCUUCUUGAAGAAUGCCCCAUUUGUUUUUUGUAUUAUCCAACUCUCAACCGGUCAAGAUGUUGUAUGAAAAGCAUUUGUACAGAGUGUUUCCUACAGAUGAAGAAUCCAAACUCAACUAGACCUACACAAUGUCCGUUCUGUAAAACCUCAAAUUAUGCUGUGGAGUACAGGGGGGGAAAAUCAAAGGAGGAGAGGGGACUAGAGCAAAUAGAAGAACAAAAGGUCAUUGAAGCCAAGAUUCGGAUGCGGCAGCAGGAAAUGGAAGAGGAGGAGGAGAGACAACAUAAGAAAGAAGAAACAAGCUCUUCAGAAAGAGACCCUCGGACAGAAAAUAUUGAUUGUAGCACAUCGGGAGGUGUAGAGUGUGAAGAAACUGCCCCUUCUCAAGAUUCAAAUGGUACACAAAUGCUCAGACAACCCCAUACCAGACAUGGCAGGGAUGAUGAAUUUGACCUGGAUCUUGAAGAUAUUAUGGUUAUGGAAGCUAUCUGGCUUUCUAUACAGGAGAACGGAAGAGCGGAAUACUCACUUUCUAAUGAUGAAGUGCCAGAGCAAUAUACAGCUGGAGAUCACUACAUGUCACCAGUGACAGCACCAGCUGUUGGAUCAUCAUCAUCCCCUUCUGGUGGUCUUGCAUGUGCAAUUGCAGCCCUUGCCGAACGCCAACAGUCAACCGGAGAAUCUUCCACCCACUAUAGUGAGCCAGUAUCACGUUUAGACAUGCUUCCAAGCAGUAGCAGGAGUUCAAAGAGGAUGAAGAAGACACAACGAAAACACGCAGAAUGCUCCUCUAAGCAAAUUUGUAGUUCAAGUAUGAUAUCUGAAGGAUGUGAGGUUAGUCCUGCACUAGAAGUUGCUGAAGUGGGAACUAGCUACAUUAACUCAGAUGACUCUGAAGGUGAGGGUGUUAUACUUCCGCCACCACCACCUCCACCAAUGUAUCGUAGGUGGAACUCCAAGAGGGGAAAAAAUAUUCAAAGAAAGUACUCAUUUGAGAGAGCCUCAUUCAAGAAUUUGCAUGAUCGAAGGGUGGUAGCAGAAGACUGGGAGUUUGACCAUGGCUCAGAGGUUGCUGAGGCUGGGACCACUUAUGCUAGCUCUGAUGAGUCAAAUGAGGAUAUUCAGGCUGCUGUGCUGCCGCCACCACCACCACCACCACCACCACUUCUGCCUCCUUAUGUAGUUGGUUCUGGCAGUGGUUGUUCAGAUCAUGGUGAGUACCUACUCCCUCCACCAUAUGUUACAGAUAGUGGCUUCCAGUCUCCCAUCCCAGGCCCCAUAGUUCCUGAGAAUUUUGAGGAACAGAUGAUGUUGGCAAUGGCUGUUUCGCUAGCUGAGGCUCGAGCUAGAACAACUGCUCAGGGAGUCGCAUGGCACUAGGUUUAAUUAGUAAUUAUGGUUGUAUUUGUUCUCUCUACACUUCUCCCGACCUGUACCCCUCGACCAUCCUGCCUUCAUCAACAGGAGAAAAAAACAAGUCAAUACACACGUAUGUAAUAGGAAACUAUAAAGAGCAGAUUUCAGCAAGUGAUAGGUUUGUUUGGGUUUUAUGAUAUUUGAAACGAUUCAUGUGCCCUGUGAUUUCCCCUCUUUUUUGCCCUUUCUUUUUCUUCUCUACCAUUUAAUAAACAAUGGUUAUUGUAAAUCAUUUUCGAGGUGUAUGAUUGAUUUGUCAAGGCAAUCUGGUAUUGCAAUGUGGA